AUGAGCUCAAGCGAGAAGUCAAGCGACAGCUCCAUGAACAGCAGCAGUGGAAUGUCUGCCAGUAUUGAUUCAAGCACUGACUCUAGCAUGGACUCAAGCGCCAACUCAAGCCUUGACUCAAGCCUUGACUCAAGCCUCGACUCAAGUCUCGACUCAAGCAUGAGUGGUGGCAGCUCCACAAUCAGCGACCCAUUCCAUGUCUUUGAAUACAUUUUCGACUUCCGCAUGGACGACUUUUUCCUGGAGUUGGGGAUCGUGUCAGAUUUGUUCGAUUUCGGUUUUGACGAAGAUGAGGGAUCAUCCUCCGAGUCUGGUUAUGAAAGGGAAGAUAUGAGGGGCAGGGGCCCAAGAGCUCCAAGAGUGGCGAGGAAUCCCUACAAUGGGCCAUUCUACAAUGUCUACAUCAAGAACGCUGAUGAGCACAAUGCAAAUGACAUGGGCUCCGUAUGGGACCAGGAGAGCACACUAGCAAAAGGGUUUCGGCGCAGGUUUGGUAUCCCUUAUUCCUCUUUUGAUGCCAUUGCCAAAGAUUGGGAUUUAGACGGUGAAUACAGAGCACCAAAGAGUAGAAACGGCGCAAGAAGAAUUGAUUCUAGGAUCUUGAUUAUGGGUUCCCUUGGAAUCCUCACUCAAGAUCUCACGUUCGAUUGGAUGGAACUGGUGACUGACACAAGCAAGUCUCUGAACCAUUUCUUUUUUAUGAAAUUUACCUUUUGGUUCCGCAAAUGCUACUCAAAGGAAUGGAUAAAGUUUCCAGAGUGUAGUCAAUCAAUAGCUAAGGUAAUGGACUUUUACACUCUACUUGGUUUUCCUGGAUGUAUUGGAUCAAUUGACUGUGUCCAUGUUGGCUGGGAUGGGUGCUCAGCUGGUUACCGUUCGGAUGCGUGCGGAAAAGAAGGCUAUCCAACUUUGUCCUUUGAAGUCAUCGUGUCGCACACUAGAAGAAUUCUCUCCGUAAGUCAAGCCUUCUGGGGAUCAUGGAAUGACAAGACUAUUGUUACAUAUGAUGAGAUGAUUCGAAAGAUCAAGGGUGUGGGUAAGUAUGGGGAGCAAACAAUGUAUAAGGAUUUUGUCUGGCGGACUCGCACAGUGGAUGGUUCUGUUAUUGUUCAUAAGGGGGUUUAUGUCAUCUGCGAUGGUGGAUACCUUGAAUGGCCAGAGUUGAUCCCUCCGUACAAGUCACAAAUUCCAGGAUCCGCAGACUAUCGCUGGUCCAAAUGGCUCAAAAGUCUUAGGAAAGAUGUGGAAUGUUUGUUUGGUAUCUUGAAGGCGAG